AUGGAGCCCGUACCACCGAUGUACAAGCCCCUGAUACACAGCAAAAUCGUCUCGGCAUGCGUAUAUGCAGCAGGGAUCGCGGUGUUAUUCUACUGCGUGCGAAUACUGGCCCGCACAAUUCGGGCCUAUGCUUGCUUAUGGAACCUACCGCAUCCACCUGAACGCUUCCCUUUCUGCUUACUCCUGGACUUGUGGCAAAGCGUGGCCACCAUGGACUCGUCGCUGGAAGUACCAGCCAAGAUAUUCAACUAUUUGGAUUCAGUGUUUCACCAAAUUCAUGACCAAGAUGUCACGGUUGCUUUUUAUGGCCCCAAGCCAUUUCUCAUUGGCGUGACCCCCGACAUUGUAGAGCGUGUGCUAUCAAGCACCGAAAACGUUAACAAGUCAUUCCUCUACGCCAUGUUAAAGAGCUGGAUAGGCAAUGGCCUGCUUACUAGCGAGAAGUCGAUAUGGAAGAAACGGAGGAAGGUUCUGACACCGGCGUUCCACUUUCGAAUUCUCGACGAGUACGUGCCCGUUAUGAACCGAAGGGCGGCCCUGCUGUGUGACAAGAUGGCCGCCCUGGGCCGGGACGACUUCGACGUGCUACCAGUUAUGAGGCUUGCGACAUUCGGCAUUCUCUUCGAGACUGCUAUGGGAAUAAAGCUUGACGAAGAGGCUGUCAAGAAAACUGGAUUCCUGGAAGUCAACGAUGAAAUUGCGACAGCAAUUAUUACGAGGAUGAUGAAUAUUCAUCACUGGCCAGAAUUUAUAUACAAGCGCACUGAGGAUGGCCGAAAGUUUUAUGAGAAAUUGGAGCUCAUAAAGAAGUACACACGAGAUAUCCUAAGCUGCCGAAAGAAGACCUACAAGACUGAAGGUGACCAGGCUGCCCAGAAGAAGAGCUUCAUGGACAUACUGCUUCGUAUGCACAUGGAAGAAGGAAUCUUCACGGAGGAGGAAAUAAGGGAGGAGGUCAACACGUUCAUGAUUGGGGGAUUUGACACUACUGCUACGGCAGCUUCUUUUGCCAUACAUCUGCUCGGCAACCAUCCGGAGGUUCAGGCCAAGCUUCACGAAGAACUGGAUGCCGUGUUUGGUUGUGACCAAGAAAGACCCGUGACCAGAGAGGACAUUGCGCAACUGAAGUACUUAGACUGCGUUAUCAAGGAAACUCUUCGCCUUUACCCACCUAUUCCUGCUAUUGCAAGAAAGCUCGGAGAAGACCUUACCUUAGAAAACUGUACCAUCCCUAAAGGUACCGUAGCGGUUAUCUUCAUAUAUUUUAUGCACCGGCAUCCACGAUUUGUCCCGAAGCCAAACGACUUCAUUCCUGAGAGGUUUCUAGAGCUCGAUAAAGAACGUCAUCCGUUUCUGUACAUACCUUUCGCCGGAGGAGCUCGCAACUGUAUAGGGCAAAAGUUUGCUCAGCUGGAGGACAAGAUCUUACUGGCUCAGAUCCUCAGGCGGUUCAAGGUGCAAUCAAAGACCCGUAACGAAGAUCUGCAGAUGUCGCUGGAGCUCGUCUUGCGACCCACGCAAGGUCUGCACAUAAAGCUGACCCCGCGGGAUCACGCAGUCACGUAAACCAGAAGGCAGCUGUCGUAGUGCAGUAGUAAAUUUUUAUUAUCGCUCGCACGUUCACUGUCAGUAUAGCGUCCUCUCUUACGAGCGCAGCAGUAUACAUAGCACCAAUCUUUCGAGUACACUCCAGUGGAUUUUAUACACGAAAGACUAUUGCAAGUAGCUGCUGAUCAUUGUAAAUAUGUACAGUAUGACAAAUAAUUUUAUUGAAUAAAGUUCCUUGAAACUAUCGUUA